AUGGCGGAUCAACCGUCCAAGUUGGACAUAACUGCAAUCUUUAAACGUCUUAAAUCGAUCCCCGCUAACAAGCAAUGCUUUGAUUGUGGUAGUAACAAUCCUACUUGGGCCAGUGUCACUUAUGGAGUGUUUCUCUGCAUUGACUGUUCAGCAGUGCAUAGGUCCCUUGGGGUACAUGUAACUUUCAUUCGCUCAACCCAAUUGGACACCAAUUGGACAUGGCUACAACUUCGAGCUAUGCAAGUUGGAGGAAAUGGAAAUGCAUUAUCCUUUUUCCGUCAACAUGGCUGCACAACAAAUGAUGCUCAGCAGAAAUACCAUAGUCGGGCAGCCAGUCUUUACCGAGAAAAACUUCUUUCUCAAGCACAUUCUGUGAUGAAGCUUCAUGGAACCAAACUUCAUUUGGACAUUAAUACCACCACAGAAGCAACAAGUCAGGUCAAAGAGGUUGAUUUCUUUGAAGAACAUUCUGAAAAUUUUGAUACCAAUGACAACUCCUCCACUGUCACCACAAAUGGCUUGUCAGAUAGUGCCAAGCUUUAUUCAGACCCCCAGCCAAUUAAUAAUGGCAAUACCCAGAAUGUAUCCUCAUUACAAACAGCUGAUCCUAAUGAAGGUCCUAGUGUAGAAGCUGCAUUGAGUAUAUCACCAACUCAAGUCCAAAAUGAACCUAGAAAGUCAAUACUUGGUUCUAAGAGGCCUGGAGCUGCCAAGAAAGGGAAAGGCCUUGGUGCUCAACGGGUAAAGACCAACUUCAACGAAAUUGAGUCGAGGGCUCAGCAGUUGGACAAGGAAAGAGAAGACCUGGAAGCAUUGCAUCGUGUGAAUUAUGUGAAAUCUCAAGAUGAAGGGAAACAAAUGGCCAGUAUGCGACUUGCUUAUCAAGACCUCAGUUUAGAAAGGAAGAAAAAAGAAGAUAAGUUGAAAAUCACAGACCCAAAGAAAGCUGAACAGCUUGAACGAUUGGGAAUGGGUCUGUCAGGACAUCGUGGUAUCAGUCACUCUGUUUUGUCGGACAUGACUGUCAUAGAUCAGGAAGCUCCAAGUGGGCAAUCAAAUAACAGUACUUCCCUUGACCGAUUUGAUGCCCCUAGCCGUAGCAGCCAUGACUUUUUUGAAGAUGAACUGGAUAAGCUGGGUAGAUUUCCCAGUUUAAACAGUUCUUCCAGUUCUAAAUGGGGAUUUUCCAACAAAACAGGAUCUUGGGAUGUUGAUAGAUUUGAGAGCAAAACAAGCUUUACUGACUCUAUGCCCAGCUUUGAUGAGUCUGACAAACCAAGUCGCAACCGAAAAACGUUUGAAAUUGAUACUUCUACCAAUGCUCAAGAUAAAUUUGGUAAUGCCAAAUCCAUUUCUUCAGAACAAUUCUUUGGACCAAAGGAUCCUGAUCUGGAGACAAAACAAACCUUGAGCAAAUUUGAAGGUAGCUCCAGCAUCUCCAGUGAUGACUUCUUUGGUGGUGGGCCUCGUAGCAGCCAUGGUUCUAGCCAUUACUCUGGCACUGACCUGUCUGACAUCAAAGAAGGUGUUAGGCAGGGAGUCACUAAAGUGGCUGGCAAACUAUCUAGCUUGGCCAAUGGAGUCAUGUCCUCUCUACAGGAAAAAUAUGGCAGUUGA